UCUUCUUUUUCUCCAGAUUUCCCGCUAGCUUGUUCUUAGUUUUAGUGUAAGUAAUGAGCAAUUUGCGUGCGGUGGAGGCGAGGUUGCCGCCAGGGUUUCGAUUUCAUCCAAGCGAUGACGAGCUCGUAUGCGAUUACUUGCUGAAGAAGAAGCUGUCUUCCUCCUGUGAAAACCUUCUCCUAAUUGAAGUUGACCUCAAUAAGUGCGAGCCAUGGGAUAUCCCCGAAGUGGCUCGAGUGGGAGGAAAAGAAUGGUACUUCUACAGCCAACGCGACCGCAAAUAUGCAACUGGGGUGAGGACAAACAGGGCGACAAUUUCAGGGUAUUGGAAAGCCACGGGAAAGGACAAGGCAAUAUUUAGGAAGAAUAAGCUUGUUGGGAUGAGAAAAACUCUGGUUUUUUACCAAGGAAGGGCGCCAAAAGGGGGGAAAUCAGAAUGGGUCAUGCACGAAUUUCGCCUACUAGAUGGUCCAAUAUCCAGACCACCACCUAAAUUCUCUUCUAAUAAUCAGGAACAAGAUGAAGAAGACUGGGUGAUAUGCAGAGUGUUCUGCAAAGACAAAGACAAAGAGAAAGACAAAAGAAAUUGCCAUGGUUUUGAUGAUGAUCACUCAAUUACAAGCUCUAAUAAUUCAAUCCCAAUAUCAUCAGCAUCGCCAAUAAUAAUGGAUGAUGAGACGGCUUACAUCAACUUUGACCAGGAUCAUCUUGUUCAAAAUCAACCCAUACCCAAUACAUAUCAUCAGCAAGUGCCCUGCUUCUCCUCCACUUUGAACCCAAACCAAACCAGCCAUGUUUUCUCACACGUGGACCAACCCACUGGAUUUGAACCCAUCCCUGUCAAGUAUGACACGGCUAAUGAUUCCUCCUCCUCAACUUCCAUUAAUCAUCUGCUUCCAUAUGAUCAGAAGAUGAUAACAGCUUUCUUGCAUCAAUACACCAAAAUGGAGGACGUCGGUAUUAAUAAUUCCUUAGACACUAUUUCUGAUGUGGGUUUGCCAUCUUUGUGGAAUAAUUAUUAUUAAUACAACUGUACGAUCAUCGACUUUUAUUAUUAUUAUUAUUGUUUUGGAU